AUGGAUCAGCAAUCAAGACUUGUGCCGAGGCAAAAACGUGAAAGCGUGAUUCUGCAAUUUGAUUAUGAUUGCUUUUACGCACAAGUCUUGGAGAAUAAGAACCCGUCUCUAAAGUCCAAACCACUGGGUGUCAAGCAAAAGAACAUCCUCGCAACGUGCAAUUACAAUGCCCGUCGACUUGGCGCGAAAAAGCUCAUGCUUGUCUCAGAAGCCCUCAAAACGUGCCCCGGCUUAGUGCUUGUUGACGGAGAGGAUUUGACACCCUUUCGCGACGUGAGCAAGGCAUUGUUCAAUUUCUUGCGAUCGCAUUCGUGGAACGGCCGGGCGGAAAAAUUGGGGUUUGACGAAGUAUUUAUGGAUGUGACAGAUGUUGUUGAUUACAACAUCGAGUGUUUGAACACCAACUGCUUACGCCAAUCGUUCUUCCAUCUCUCCAAGAAGGAUCCCGAAGCGGGUUUCAGUUGUGAUUUGACAUCUGUCGCUGGUUGCGUCGAGGGGAAGAUUCCGGAUCCCGCACCUCUCUGUAACAAGACUUACUUGAGACUCCUCUUGGGCUCACAUCUUGCGAAAUUCCUUCGAUCGGAGCUGGAAACAAAGUUUGGUUAUACUUCCACGUGUGGCAUAUCGACCAACAAGCUUCUAAGUAAACUAGCUGGAGCUCGCAACAAACCUCGGAACCAGACCACACUGCUGGCACUCAGCGACGAUGAUGCCGUUGCCUUUGUGGAUGGUCACAAAACUAGACAGAUACCUGGGAUAGGGUCUAGGACGGCGAUGCUGUUGGAGUCACAUGUCCUUGGCGAAAAAGUUGAGCUGGAAUCUCAAUUUUCAUCGGCCUUGUUUGUACGAGAGGUCCGACAACAUCCGUCACUAUCUCCCAGCUUUUUGGAAACUCUCCUAGUAGGUCCAGGGGCUGAGAGGGGCGUCGGAGCCAGAGUAUGGGGUCUUUUACACGGCGUUGAUCCUACAGAGGUAAAGAUGUCGAGCAACAUACCGUCACAGAUCAGCAUAGAAGACACGUUCAAAGGUUUGGAGACGCUAUCCCAAAUCACAGAAGAACUGCACAAGCUCUCAUGCUCGCUCAUACGGCGAAUGAGGGUGGAUUUGCUGGCUUUAGAUCAUCAUGCCGAUGUUCCCGGUACACAGAGAUGGAUUGCCCGGCCAAAAACUUUGCGGCUAAGCGUCAGGUCUUGGCCAGCGCGGCAGCAAAACCAUUCUCAGGCUCAGGAUUUCAAUCGGGUUUCUCGAUCUGGCCCACUGCCCGGCUUCGUAUUCGAUGUCGAGGGUGCCAUCGACGCUCUGGCGGAACAAUUGGUAGCAGAGGCGCUGUUACCUCUCCUCCGCCGACUCCCGGGUGAAAAGGGCCAGAAAUGGAAUUUGCAGCUAAUCAACGUUUGCGUAGCAAAUAUGGUAGCCACGGCUGCUGACGACAAACAAGGCGUCGGGCGCGAUAUUUCCGCAAUGUUCAAGAAACAAGACGAAGUGCUCCGCCCGUACAAGCUUGAGCCUGUUUCCGACCAUGAUGAUGAACCUCUGGACAGCGAUGCCAAUGACGAGUUCCUGUCAAACAUGGAAUGGGAACACAUGGACCGCUCUGUUUGCACCACCUGUGGUUAUUGCUUGCCCUUGUUUGCUAUGCCAGCGCAUACAAGAUACCAUGAGAUGGGAGGGUAA